GACCGUGGUGUUUGACGUUGCCAGUCUGGUCGUGUUUCUGAUCUCUGUCUACUCGGUGUCCACACAGUGCCUGAGCACACAGACCACAAACCACACUUACUGCUGCUGGGAGAACGAGGUGGGCGAGCAGCUCUUCCAGGUCAUUGUCCUUGACCUGGCCAUCACCUUGGUCCUGGGACUGGCCUUGACCGGAGGUCGUACUCUACUGGUCAAGUUCACCAACUUAAAAAAACUCGGAUACCAAAAUUUCAGUGUGGAGAACUUCAUUUUGGACCUGGUCUACGGACAAGCUCUGGUGUGGCUGGGCCUUCUCUUCGCUCCAAUGUUGGCCCUGGUGGGUUUUCUAAAGCUGACAAUCCUGUUCUAUUUCAACUUUGUGCUGGCCCGGACCUGUUGUGUGGCUCCGGACAAGGUGUUCCGGGCAUCGAGAUCCGGAACGUUUUACCUGUUCGUGUUGUUGGUGACCUUGUUUGUUUGUCUUCUGCCCAUGACCUACGCCAUCAUUAAAAUAGAACCAUCAGCAUCAUGUGGUCCUUUCAAAGAGAAUUUUCACUUUUAUGAAGUACUUACAGACAGAAUCGGAGAGUCACCCGACUGGAUACAAGACAUCUUCACCUACGCCAGCACUCCAGCUGUUGUGAUUCCAGCACUGAUUGUACUCUUACUGGUCAUUCUGUACUAUCGUGCAAAGUCAACAGUCCAUAAGAUGGAAGCCAAGGAACUACGUUUCAUCCUUCAAUUUGAAAGAAAGGUUGGGAAGAGAAGAAUAUUUGCAAGAGCAAAAUUACAACAUGGUAGGUGUGCAAUCAUCGGUCCUUCUUGC